AUGUGGCCCCCAGCCCCCCUCUCUCCCUCCUCAGGGCUGGUGCUGUUGCUGGUUUUCUGCCCCCUAUUGGUGGUAGUGCAAGCCAGCAGCAGUAAGGCAGAGAGCGGACACAACACACACCUGGGAGACACAGACCCAGACCGCUGUAUGAGGCAUCACUUCGUAGAGACCAUCACACACCCCAUCUACAAAUGUAACUCCAAGAUGGUGUUGCUGGCUCGGUGCGAGGGCCACUGCAGCCACACGUCCCGCUCCGACCCUCUCAUCUCCUUCAGUUCGGUGUUGAAGCAGCCCUUUAAGAGCACCUGUUUCUGCUGCAGGCCCCACACCUCCAAGCUGAAGGCUGUGAGGCUCCGCUGCGCCGGAGGAACGCGCAUCACCGCCACCUACCGCUACAUACUUGCCUGCAACUGUGAGGAGUGCAGCUGAGCAGAGAAAAUAACCUUUUAGAACCUUUGAGAGUUUCUACCCCUGUGAGUCUGCAGCUGUGAGGAGUGGAAUCCUAGAACUCGAGAAUUUGAAGAACCCGCACCUUUGUAGAACCUGUAUGAUGAUUCAAGUGCCCUAACUUCUCCGCUGGCCUUCAUCUGCAAGUAGUGGAACCCUUGGUACCCUAUAGAACUCUAAAGCCAAAGAGUCUAGGCCCAACCCAUGGACACAUCUAGAACCAUCAUGCCUGUUGGCGAUAAUGACUCCAGCGCCCUGGGCUUUUAGAACCGGCAU